UUCAAAGUUGUUCCCCAAUGUACACCUCAACAUUGGGGGCUUGACGAUAAACUCGCACGUGUUCUUCGCAAUCUUGACGACCCUUGUUGUCAUGCCGACCACUUGGCUCCGUGACCUUACAUGCCUGAGCUAUAUUUCAGCUGGUGGUGUGGUUGCAUCAAUCCUUGUGGUCAUGUGCCUAUGCUGGAUUGGGGUUGUCGACCAUGUCGGCUUCGAGAGCAAAGGGACCGCGUUAAACCUUCCAGGGAUUCCUAUCGUGAUUGGACUGUACGGUUACUGCUACUCGGGCCAUGGAGUGUUCCCAAACAUCUCCUCUUCUCUGAAGAACCGCAACCAGUUUCCAUCCAUUCUUUUCACCUGCAUUGGGUUCUCUACCAUUUUGUUUACUGCCGCUGCGGUGAUGGGAUACAAAAUGUUAGGCGAAUCCACCGAGUCUCAGUUCACCCUCAACUUACCGGAGAAUUCGGUGGUUUCCAAGAUUGCCGUCUGGGCUACGGUGGCAAAUCCGAUAACCAAAUAUGCAUUGACCAUAACCCCACUGGCCAUGAGUCUGGAAGAGUUGCUGCCGCGAAGCCAGCAGAAGUACUCCAACAUAAUCAUACUUAGAUCAGCCCUGGUAGUGUCAACCCUCAUCAUUGCUCUCUCAGUUCCCUUCUUUGCACUUGUGAUGGCUCUCAUUGGUUCUUUAUUCGCGAUGCUUGUGACCUACAUUCUGCCUUGUGCCUGCUUUCUGGCCAUCCUUAAGGCAAAAGCGACUUGGUAUCAGACUGCGACAUGCUCAUUCAUCAUCACCGUAGGGGUUACCUGCGCCUGCGUGGGGACAUACUCAUCCCUCUCCGGGAUUGUCCAGAACUACGCCACCUGACCCUGAACUACUUCCUUCCCUACAUACAUAAUAGAGAAGAUUGCUCGUUUGAAAU